AUGAUGAUGAUGAUGAUGAAGAUGAAGCGGAGCGGCAGCAGCGGGAGCGGCGGCACCAGGAAUAACACCUGGAACGGCACCGGGAGCGGCUCCAGCAGAUCCGCGAGUAGCACCAGAGGUAACACCGGGAACAGCACCAGGAGCGGCUCCAAGAGCACAGAGAAUGGCACCGGGAAUGGCACCGGGACAACCGGGAAUGGCACCAGGGAUAACACCGGGAAUAGCACCGGGAGCGGCUCCAGGAGCGCAGAGAAUGGCACCGGGAGCGGCACCGGGAACACCGAGAAUAACACCGGGAGCGGCACCAGGGAUAACACCAGGAAUGGCACCGGGAGGGGCUCCAGCAGCACCGUGAGCAGCACCAGGGAUAACACCGGGAAUGGCACCGGGAGCGGCUCCAGGAGCACCGGGAUCGGCACCGGGAGCGGCACCGGGAGCGGCACCGGGCGCGGGCGGGCAGCGCCGCCUGGCGGUGCCGGGCGGGCAUUGCUGCUGUGCCUGCUGCUGCUGCUGCCCCCGGCCCGGGCACUGCCCACCCCUGUCCGGACACUGCCCACCCCUGUACAGCCACUGCCCACCACUGUCCGGACACUCCGCUCCCGGGAGCUGCUGGAAGCCGCCGGUGCCUUCCUGCAGCGGCUGAAGGAACUCGACACCCUGGGGUUUGAGUGCACCCUUGAGGAGGUGGAUCUGGAGGACAUCACUGAGAACCAAAUCAACACCCUCAGAGCCUGCACAGCUGAGGAGCCAGGGCCUGGAAAUUGCCCAGUCCUGGAAAGAUCAACUUUUGAUAAGGGAAAAUGCCUGCAGGGCAUCUCUGAGGAUGUGAGAACCUACAGGGCCCAGCUGGGGAACCUGCAGGACCCCCAGCUGCUGGGGGCUCUCGAUGGGAUGCUGGAGGCCCUGGGCAGCUGCGCUGGGAAAGUUCCGGAGACGCCGUUGGGAUCGGGAUCAUCGGGAUUGGGAUCAUCAUCGUUCCCGGCCCGCCUGCGGCUCUGCGCGCUGCUCCAGGCUCUGCGCAUCCGCAGCGUCACCAUCAGCAGGAUGCUGAACUUCCUGAGCUCCCUCUGAACCCCAAACCCC